AUGACUCUGCCAGCCCUCGCCGUCCGCCUCCGUCCUCGCGGCUUUGCCCCCACCCCCGCCGACAUCGCGCUCAAACGCGUUCAACAGACCCAGGCGGUCAAGGAACUGUGGAUCGUCAUCGCGUCCGUCGUCGGCUUCCUCUUCGUCGUCCGCGUGCUUCGCUAUGCAUGCUCUCGCCUCUUCGGUCGCCGACCGUCGAACACUGGCAAGGUGUCGUGGCGACGGAUCCCCGCGGCCGCGGCCGCUACCUUCAGGAUCGUGGCGUUCCGCUUGGCGUUCACCUGGGGCUACAUCGGGACCAUUCUCGGUCUGACCUUUGUGGACACCAAGGACCUGACCACCUGGUUCUACGAGGACCGCGCGGCACAUCUCGCUUCUUGCCAGUUGCCGCUGAUAGUCGCCUUAGCGGGCAAGAAUAACAUCAUCUCAUGGAUCACUGGUAUCGGGCAUGAAAAGCUCAAUGUGCUUCACCGAGCGGCGGCAAGGACGUGUCUUCUUCUCCUCUGGCUGCACGCCCUCAACCGUGCUCUUGGCGGGUGCGAUCUUUCUGAUUCAUUGCAAGCGGCUUCGACUGACGUUGAGCCAGCCUCACCGGGAAGUUCAGCUUUGAAUCGAAUGUGUGGAUGCACUGGGAGCGGUCGGAUGACCGCGUUCACGUUAGCCACCAUCCUCUCGCUCCGUUUCAUCCGGAAUGCCUUCUUUGAGUACUUCCUCAUUUCGCACAUCGUCCUUGUCGGGCUCUUCAUCAUCAGCGGCUAUCUCCACGCGCGCGCGGUCGAGUACGGCGACUACUUCUGGCCAGCUCUCGUUGUGUGGGCGUUCGACCGCCUCCUCCGCGCCUCACGCCUCGUCUGGAACAACAGGGCACGGCGCGGGACGCACGAGUACGGCUCAGCGCUCGUCGAGCUCAUCUCGCCCGACACCAUCCGCCUCACACUUCGCCGCAAGAUGACCUGGCGCGCAGGCCAGCACGCCUACCGACCUCCGACCGAGGCGCACCCGUUCUCGAUCGCGAGCAUCCCCCACGCUCUCGACGGCGCGCAUGACGGCGGCGAGCGCGACGUCGUCUUCCUCGUCCGCGGCCGGUCCGGGUUCACCGGUCGCCUGCGCGAGUUCGCGACGCGGAACCACGGUACCACUCGCGUGCCCGCGCUCAUCGACGGCCCUUACGGGUGCCCGCCGAAUUUGAUGCGCUUCUCGACGUGCGUACUGAUUGCGGGUGGAUCUGGGGUGUCGUACACGCUUCCGCUUCUCCUCGACAUCGUUAGAAAUGUCCGCGACGGCAAGUCUCUCGUGCGUCGCGUGAUCUUCGUCUGGGCCGUGCGUCAGUCGGAGCAUCUCGACUGGAUCUCCAAGACGCUCAACGAGGCACUGGCCGUCGCGCAGCCCACGUCCCUCGUCGUGGAACCGACCGUGUAUGUCACGGGCCCAAGCUGCACGAUGCCCACGAUCGCGCGGACUCCGUACAUGCCGAACAUGUCCCCCGCAUCCGACUCAGGUUCGACCAAGUCGUUGGAGGCUAGCAUCGACAAGACCCUGCCCUCGUACUCAUCUCUCAAGGUCAUCCACGGCCGUCCGAGCAUCCGGCGCGUGCUUCAGGACGGGAUCAACUGCUCCGCCGGCCCCGUUUCCGUAGAUGUGUCUGGUCCGACUGCUCUCACGCAAUCCGUAUGCUACGCGCUCUCUACGGAUAUCGCUAGUCCUGCAAGCAUUUUGAAAGGCUCCCAGCCCGUGACGCUCCACGUGGAGACGUUCGGCAUGUCGAAGUAA